GCCCCGACCACGGGGAGAUCACCUCCACCCGUCACCUCCUCCUCCCCUCGUCCAGGUCCACCCGGGGCUCCCUCCCCCGGGCCGCCCCCGAACACGAAGUUGGCGGGAGCCUAUAAAAGCCGGUGACGGCGCGACCCGCGGACACACCGUGCAGGCGCCCGAGCAGCCACUGCUAGACCCGCGCCAACUCCUGCCCUGCCCAGACCAGCGGCGCGACCAUGGCCCCUCACUGGGGAUACGGCAAGCACAACGGACCGGAGCACUGGCAUAAGGACUUCCCCAUUGCCAACGGAGAGCGCCAGUCCCCUAUUGAUAUCGACACCAAAGCAGCCAUUCACGAUCCUGGCCUGAAGUCUUUGUUUCCUUCCUACGAGCAAGCGGUUUCUCGGAGGAUCAUCAACAACGGUCACUCUUUCAACGUGGAAUUUGAUGACUCCCAGGACAAAGCAGUGCUGAAAGGAGGACCCCUCACUGGCACAUACAGAUUGAUUCAGUUUCACUUUCACUGGGGUUCGUCUGAUGGGCAAGGAUCUGAGCAUACUGUGGAUAAAAAGAAAUAUGCUGCAGAGCUUCACUUGGUUCAUUGGAACACCAAAUAUGGGGAUUUUGGAAAAGCUGUGCAGCAACCUGAUGGACUGGCUGUUUUGGGUAUUUUUUUAAAGAUUGGUGAUGCCAACCCGGGCCUACAAAAAGUCCUUGAUGCACUGGACUCCAUUAAAACAAAGGGUAAGAGUGCUGACUUCGCUAACUUUGACCCUCGUGUCCUCCUUCCGGAAAGCUUGGACUACUGGACCUACCCAGGCUCCUUGACCACUCCUCCUCUUCUGGAAUGUGUGACCUGGAUCCUGCUCAAGGAGCCCAUCAGCGUUAGCAGUGAGCAGAUGCUGAAAUUCCGUAAGCUUAAUUUCAAUAAGGAGGGCGAACCAGAAGAACUGAUGGUUGACAACUGGCGCCCAGCUCAGCCGCUGAACAACAGAAAAAUUAAUGCUUCCUUCAAAUAAGAUGGUCCCGGAGCCCAGGACCAAAGAAUGGACCUCUGGGUUUCCCUUUAGCUAAGCACAAAUCUACCUUGUUGAAUUGGACCUUGGCUGCUUUGCAUCUGGUUUUCUAGACCUUUCAUUUCUCACCUGAUGUGCUUAUUAGUAAAAUGUGAAGAACCUGACCAGGUGUCAUCCUUGACAGAAUUGCUGUGACGGGUGCUUUGCUUAUGGUAGUAGCCUUUCUGUAGUGGAGAAUAUAGUUCAAGGAAUAGGGGAAAAAAUACCUUGACUUUGUUCAUAGAACAGAGGGUGAUGAGCAUUGACAAUUGUUCACAAAAAUGCUAGUUUUAAAGCAUAGGAAAAUAGAAUGAGUGCAAAUCCCUAUCAUGAGAUAAAUUGAGCUACGUAAUGUACAUCAGGUAAAAUAGUCAUGAUUCUGUGUAAUGUGAAUCAGGUAAAAUAAAUAUUCAUGAUUCCAAGAUGUUAUAUUAAUGAGCAAAUUUUAAAUUCUUAUAUAUUUGUAGCAAUGUUAAAUAUGAAUUAUGUUGUAAUUUAGUGACUUUUGAAUUACAGAGAUAUAAAUGAAGUAUUAUCUGUAAAAUUGGUAUAAUUAUAGUUGUGAUACAGAGUAUAUUUCCAUUCAAAUAAUAUAUCAUAACUUAAUAAAUAUUGUAUUUUAGAUAUAUUCUCUAAUAAAAUUUGGACUU